AAAAACCUUUUUUUUUUUUUUUUAAUUGCUAUAAUAUAACAUGGAACAUCGUCAUAGACCUGGUAGUUCCCACCAGUCUAACAAGCCUUUUAAAAGUCGCCAUGCCACUAAAGGUGCUUUAAAAGAAGCUUCAAAGGGUAAAAUAAAUCGUAUGUCUGUCAAACAAGCUAAUGCUGGCAAAAUUGUUUCCAAGACGGAUCGUCGUCAUGCUGCCAAGAUUCUUCAACAAAAGAAGCGUGAAGAGAUUACUCGUAUUAGUCGAUUAUUUGAAGGUCGUCAAGGUGCACCCAAGAUUGUACCUGUUUUACCUUUAUGUCCCGACAGUGAUGUUGAAUCAGCUAUUGAAGCCCUCUACAGAUCACUUCUUCAAGAAAUGCCAGCCAAUGCUAAAGAAGAAGCUACAACACUUAAUGUUGAACGUUUCAAGCAAAAGAUUCGUUUAGUUCCACUUAAACGUAACUUUAUUGAUGUGAUUGAUGCCUUCAAGGUAGCCGAUUUUGGCAUUCUGCUAAUGUCUGCUGAUGUUGAAGUGGAUCAAUUUGGUAUCAAUUGUCUUUUAGCCAUCUUGAAUCAAGGUAUCGUCAGUCCUGUUCCUGUGGUACAAAAUAUAGAACAUGUCCCUAUGAAGCUACGUAACAGUGUGAAAAAAUCCUUGAUUGCCUUUGUCCAACAGUUUUUCCCAGAGGAGGAACACUUGUUUAGCUUAGAUACGGAUAAUGAUAGCAUGAAUGUAUUGCGUUUUAUUACUUCACAACGUCCUAGACCUAUCACAUGGCGUGAUAAUCAUCCUUAUCUCUUGGCUGAACAAGUUCAAUUUGAUCCUAUCUCAGCUGAAAGAGGUACCUUGAAGGUCACUGGCUAUGCUCGUGGUAAUCCCUUUAAUGCAAAUCGUUUAGUUCAUUUGCAGAACUUUGGUGAUUUCCAAAUCCAGCAAAUCACAAAUGCUCCUAUAGUCAACUCUAACGCUUUAGAAGAUAUGCAAGAAGACAUUGAUGUCAUUGAUACCCCUAAUUCUGAAGAACAAGAUGAUUUAAUUGCCGAGAAUGAACCUGAUUUUAUGAAUAAUGAACAGACUUGGCCUACGGAAGAAGAACUUGCUGAAGCAGAUGCUCGUGUUCGACGUAUGCGUGGCUUAGACGGUGAUAAAGAAAUCAAGAAGCGUGUCCCUAAAGGUACGUCGUCGUAUCAGGCUGCUUGGAUUGUUGAUGAAGAUGAUGAGGAUUAUAGUGAAGUAGAAGAGGAAGAUGAUGACACGAUGAUGCAAGAAGAUGAUGAUGAUGAUGAUGAUAUCGUUCAACCUGCUGACAGCUCCUUCCCUAUUGAAGAAGAAGAAUAUGAAGAAAUUGAAUUAGAAAGCAAAGAUACUUAUAAAGAUGAAUUAGAUGCUGAAGAAGAAGCUAGACAAUAUGAAGAAUAUCUUAAAAAUAGACAGGCUGAAUAUCAGAACCAUAAUGAGUUCCCUGAUGAAAUCGAUACACCCACUCAUAUUCCUGCUAGAGAACGUUUUGCUCGUUAUCGUGGUCUUCAAUCUUUUAGAACUUCUCCAUGGGAUCCUUAUGAAAACCUUCCUAUCGAUUAUGGAAGAAUCUUUCAAUUUGAAGAUUUCAAUCGUACCAAGAAUCGUGUUAUUAGUCAAGCUAUUGUUGGUAGAGUAAAGCCAGGUAGAAGAAUUACACUUUGGAUCAGCAAUGUACCUAUUCAAGCCUUUGAGGCUUAUGAUAAGACAAGACCCUAUAUUGUAUUCGGUCUUUUACAAUAUGAACAUAAAAUGUCAUUACUUAAUUUGCAAAUUCAAAGAGAUAAUGCAUACGAAGAGCCUGUUAGAUCCAAAGAUCCUAUGGUGUUACAUAUGGGCUUUAGAAGAUACAAUACUCGUCCUAUUUACUCACAAAAUACAAACAAAGGUGUUAAUCAUGUUCAUAAAUUUGAACGUUUUAUACAAAUGGGACGUUCUUAUGUUGCAACUGUGUAUGGUCCUGUCUGCUUUGGUAAAACACCUGUGAUGUUAUAUAAAGAGACUGAUAAUAUAAAUGAGCCUAUUUUAGUUUCUACAGGUACAUUUAUGGACGUUGAUGUAAAACGUAUUAUUGCCAAACGUAUUAUAUUAAGUGGUCAUCCUUUCAAGUGUCAUAAACGAUCAGCUGUCAUUCGAUAUAUGUUCUUCAAUGUUGAAGAUAUUUACUGGUUUAAGCCUGUACAACUUACAACAAAAUAUGGUCGUGUGGGUCAUAUUAGAGAAUCACUAGGUACACAUGGUUAUAUGAAGUGUAUAUUUGAUGGACCUUUAACACAACAAGAUACGGUCAUGAUGUGUCUUUAUAAACGUAUAUUUCCAAAAUGGAACACGGAAUUAUAUAGAGGAGGAUUAGAUAGAUCUGUAGAGCAUACUGAAAUUGUCAAAGCUACAGCAAUGGAAGAAUAAUAGUAAUAAUAAUAAUAAA